UGUUUAGACCAAUUGAUAAAUUCGAGUGGAAACUCCUGAACCGCGUCGCCACCUUACAUCGCGUUAUAGAUCACUUCGAAACAAUAUCUCUCCAGCCAUCCUUAGUUGUUGCCAUCAUCAAUUAGCAAUUGUCUGCGCCUGUCAGAACUCAUCAGGGGUUUUUGCGAGCCCAGGCAAUUCCAGCGAUGGCUCAGACACGCUGUCAAUACUUCGAUGAAAGUGGUAAUAGUCGCAACGGAGGUUGUUUUGCGGGGGAUGAUCGAUGCAAGUAUGUUCAUCCUGGAAACCCCGCUUGGGAUACAGCUCAGAGUCGGGGUCCUCCAAGAGGUCGCGGAAUGGGCAGAGGUGGAAAUUUUGUGAGGCGCGGAUCUGGCGCUGUCAAUAUAUCCAGAUCAUCUUCGGCAUCGGGAUGGGAUACCGGAGGAGGAUAUGACAAUAAUGCACAGAGCUCGGGCUCGGGCUGGGCAAUAACAAGUUCAAGUGCAAAAGAUUCCGGUAAACAAGCUAAUAUUGCCACUGCUUCUCUGUGGGACACUGCCGACCCAUGGGGUAUGGGCUCAGACUCGGGAACAAAGGAAUCUUCUUCGAAAGGCGGAUGGGGUGAAAGCGACACAUGGGGCGGCAACUCCGCUACAAAAGAUGCCUCUGGAGGCGGAUGGGGUGCAUGGGGCGCAGCAGAGACGAUGGACACGACGUCGCGCGCGCAAGAGAAACCUAGGAGCUCAGAAGCAAUGGAAACUUCUGCAGGCGCAUGGGGUGACACCUCCAAUAACGGGUGGGGCAAUCCUCCUGGUGGCGACAAAAUCUCUAGUGGAUGGGGCGCGUCGGGCACGACUGAAAUGGCGUCGCUUGCACAGCCGAAACGUAAUGAUGCCGACCAAGAGAAUCACAGAUCUAAACCAUCACCAGUCCCUCCACCACCACGGCCUCCGCGCCGUGGCUCGCGUGCACAAGACGACGAGGAAGACACGCGUCCUUUGAAGAUGACCGGGACGAAUGACGUCCCAAUGGUGAAUACUAGAUGGAACAAGAAAGUGGAUACGACAGCGCCCCCGCAUGCGGAGUCUUCUGAGAAACCUCGCCUUCCGCCGCUCCAGACGAGCGCAUUAAGCAACGCGAUUCUCAGAGAGCCACCAGCUCCAAUGUCUGCCAGCCGCUCUGAGGACGACCGUAUGGACGUGGAUAGCUGGAGGCAGGAUGCGAUAGCGAUACCAGAGAAAGCUCGUGAUAGGUCACCUUCCCUAUUGACAGCGACAGGAUCAGCUGUCAAUCGCAAGAGGAAAUACGAAGGCUCAGACCUCGAAAAGAAGCAGGAGAUAUGGAAGGAUUUUAUCAGAAUAUGCGACCGCGCCGUUCGAGCGAAAGUAGAUCUCACAAAGGCAGAGGCAGAGCGUCAAAACUGGAGAAGGAUGCAGAAGUCUACUAACUAUUCCCGCAUCGGCGAAGCUGGCCGCAACCGCCUGGAUGGACAUCGGGCAGAACUUGAGAAAAUUUGCGCCGGUCACUCAGAUAAACUAUCACAGGCGAUCAGUGAACUUGCGGAGGUUGGAGACAAGUUGAAAUCUGGCAUAGAUUAUGAGCAGCGUUACAAUAUUGGACCCGAGGCGACGCGCUACGCAGAAGAAGUCGGGGCUUGGAUAUCAGAUAUCCGCCAACUGCUCAUUGCCAACACCACCCAACACCCUCCGAAUACUGACCAACCUACUUCUCAUGAAGAUGAACCAUCUGAAGAACCAUCAGCUAUCCCAGACGGUCUGAAUGCCUUGCGAUCUCGUUUGGACAAACAGGAGGAGACACUCGAGGAACUGCGAACAGCGCUGACGCUCGAGUCUUCAAAUAAUUCUCUCGCUACUAUUAACAACACAAUCGACAAGAAGAUAGAUGUCCUGCGCAAAGAUCGAGCAGAGGCCAAGGCCCAACGCGCUAAGCUUCCUCCACCGAAGGUUAUCUUACCACCCGAGGCGACGGGCGCUAUAGAAGAUGUUUCUCGUAAAGCGGCGGAGCUAAGCGCGGCCAUGGAAGCGCCUGUCAAUGACGUUGCAAAGCUACUCAUCCGUCAAAAUGACAUGCAGAAAACGCAGGCUUCUUUCAAAACUGAGAACGAGGAACUCAAAGAAUCGAUAGCCAAGCUCACCGAGACGUCCGCUGCUAAUCGGAAACUGAUCCAAGAACAAACCGAAGCCAUUCAGCGUCUCAGGGCUUCACUCGAGGCAGCUUCUGAAUUACAACGCGUUCCUCCACCCCCUGCCGAACCCCCAGUCAAAGUCAUGCUCGACGACCUUCGUACAGCAGUUGACGGUGUGCUGCAUGGUAUUGUAUCACGCGAAGUCAUUCCCACGAUAAGUAGAUUGCGCGACGAUUGCUGGUCAGAAAACCAGCACUUUCACAAGGAGGUGUUUGAGAUAAUCUGGGAUAAGAUUGAGCCCAGCUUAAAGAUUGCCGAAGCCGUCAACCGUUGGGCGUCAAGGUUAGAACUCUCUGCAUCCUAAUGCGUACCUCGUCAAGCCAUCCGUCUAUCACAUUAUCUACUUGCUUGUAAACAACCAUCUUACCUGUUCAGCCUACACUAGUUAAGGAUUAGUCGGUUACUUCCCUUAAUGGUAAACUUUUGUACUUACAUGAUGAGUCGGUG